AUUUUUUGAAUACGGAGGGAGUAUAAAGUAAGUUUAUUGAUGGGCAGCAACCCGAGUAAAUGGUCUUUUGAACUUUCUAGAGGAUUAAUACUUGUAAAGAUGGAGGUUCAUUUGGUAGACUUUUGAAAUGACCAGUUUGUAUGUGUGUGUCCAUUGUUUUGGUAAAGGUCUCAUACCAGCAAGGACAAGGUGAUUGUCUUCUAGUAAGGACCUGUAAGGUGUAUCCCCAGUAGUUGGGUACAUGUGUGCCAGCAAUUUAUGGCGUGAGCUGUUUUUAAGCAUUUUUAUAUUACUGUUGGUCAAUUUCAUGGCCGUAUAUGUACAUUAUUACUGCAUAAGUGCAUAUAUAAGGAACUAAGUAUUCCCUCCAUCCCACUCAAGAUGUACACAAUCUUGAGUGGCACAGGUUUUUAGGAGGAGUUAGGUGGAAUAAUAAGUAGAGAGAAAAAAAGGUAGUUGAAUAUUUUAAUGGGGAGAGUGGAGAGAGAGAUUAAUUUCCAAAUGUAGAAAGGGGACAUCUUGAGUGGGACAAACUAAAAAGGAAAGGUGGACAACUUGAAUGGGACGGACCCAACGGAGGGAGUAUUAAUUAAGACUCCGGCCAAGCAAUAGAAUGGGACUGUUAUUGCAAGGGCCAAGGAAACAUUACUAAUCUUCUGAGCAUUUUCUAAAAUAAAGUUUGGCUAUGGUGCACGGGAACAUAAGACGGCAUGACUGUCGCUUGCUAAUAAGAAACAUAUAAAAUUAGGUGGAUCCAUGCACAACUGACUGCUGGAGAUGGUAUGUCGCCGCUCCAUCCUUUCCGAACACUUGAAAUGAGUUACAUCUGAUGAGGAGCAAGCAUGGUGUGCAAACGAUGAAACAAAGAUGUCUGUUUCUAUGGUUUUAAUUUUUGAAAUACCUUAUCACCAACUUGAGAAUGAGUGAACAUUCUUUAGUCUGCAUAUUCCAAGUGAAAAUGGGUUGUUCAACAUGAAAAUCCGCUUAGCCAACUCGUUGUCCAUUGCUUAUACUGAAUUGUACAUAGAAAUAACUAAGCCAAAAUUAGGGGACUCUAACAUUUAACAUUGAGUGGAGAUAAUCCUGUAGCCUUACAGUCGUUGCUAUUAUUAUAGUACACCUAGCACUCUAGGGGCGAAGAUACUCCAAAAUCAAACAUUUCCGAUAAGUCUUCAAACAUCUGUUAACAAUCAGAAUAACCUCUGACUGAUCAUCACCUCAGGAUGAUAGGCCAUUCUGAUAUCCAAUUUCAUACCAUAGCAUGGAAAUGUUUAGGGAGAUGGGCAUUGGGCGGAUUAAGCACACGGCGCAAUUGAUGAAUGCCACUCCAUGUUUCAUGACUUUUUGAUUAAUGCCAUUCCAUGUGUCCUGGCUAAUUGAUUAAUGCCAUUCCAUGUUUCAUGAUAAUGGUCUCUAUGCACCUAGCCUCAAAUGCAUUGCACUAAGAGCUAAAGGAGAGGGAAAGUUGGCCUGGGUUGAUGUAAGGGCUUGUUGCAUCACUUCAAAGUUAAAUUGCUUCUUGCCCAGCUACUGCCCAUACAACCAAAUUUGGUUGAAUGUUUCUUGCAUAGUCAGUGUUUGGGUCAUCUUUGCUGUCGUCUUUGAUGAAAUGACGGUGUUUCCCUAUAAACCUCAGAAACCAAGCACUCCGUCUAGAGAGGUGGAACGGGCUUUCAUAGACAAUUGAUAUAUUUCUUGGGUCAAUGAAAACUCCCUUCGGCCAUUGAGACUAUGUGCCCCAGUAUCUUCAUUGCUUGUUAUCACCAUGAUCACUUUUUUAGGUCAUGCUAAUUGCCAAAGAGUUAUCAUGUGGGAUAGGUGAUCAUCCCAGUUUAUCCAAGAUGAACUAUUCUCUCAAGAAAUUGAGGCCUACAGUGCUUCAGAAGGCGACCAGAUCCCUCUCCCCCUUCUGCGCCUUCACAAGUUCAUUGCACAAUUGACGCCUGACACAGUUUCAGCUGAGACACCAGUGCCUUUGAAAGUUGCAACUUCGCUUUACAGGAGAGACAUGUGUCACUAUGCUCGUAUUAGAGGCUUGCAUGUACUUGGAUGUGUUAUGGAUACUGCUCUGUCUCUUGUGCGGACAGAACAGAUCCAAGAAGCUUGCCAGAUUCUUAUGCUCUUUCCCCGGCUUCAACCCCUGGUAGCUGCUUUGGGAUGGGAUCUUCUAGCUGGGAAGACAACAAUUAGAAGGGAACUGAUGCAGUCUUUGUGGGCAAGUAAAUCCCAAGCUCUUCGAUUGGAAGAGUCCUCUCCAUAUGAUAAUAAAUUGGAUGAGGUGCCCUGUGUAGAAAAUCUUUGCGAUACACUAUGCUACCGGCUUGACAUUGCUUCUUUUGUUGCUUGUAACAAUUCUGGUCAACCGUGGAGUCUAAAAUCCUCAAUACUAUUAUCUGGAAAAGACUUAGAACAGCGGUAUGAAAAUGCUCAAUUUGAUCCAUUCGUGGAGAACUUCGUACUGGAGAGAUUAUCAGUCCAGAGCCCCCUUAGGGUGAUAUUCGAUUUAGUUCCUCAAAUAAAAUUUCAAGAUGCGAUUGAACUCCUUAGCAUGCAGCCUAUUACUUCCACUCCAGAUGCUUGGAAGAGGAUGCAAGAUGUUGAACUUAUGCACAUGCGAUAUGCUCUCGAAUCUGCUCUUCUUGCACUUGGAGCUAUGGAAAGGAGUACAGCUGAUGGAAUGGGAGAUCAGCGAAUGGCUUUCUAUUGUUUGAAAGAACUGAAGAAUCAUUUUGAUGCAAUCACUAGUACUGCCCGCAAGAUAUAUACGGUGAACAUAAUAAUCUCACUACUAUACAUGGACAAUCUACAAAUUGAUUUGACACCUUAUGACCUAAUGAGAAGACAAUCCAAGUCAUUUAAUUCUCGUGGUGGGCUACAAGUUGAUGUAAUAAGCAGAGAAGGGGGAAAUGAGAUGGUUGUCUCCUUUACAGGACAAGUACUUAACAUUUUGCGGCAGCAACUACCGUUAUCAAUAUCUGAUCUGGACAAUUCCUUGGAUGGCCAUAUAUCUGCUGGAAGUAAACAAGCUUUAGAAUGGAGAAUUUUGACAGCAAAACGUUUCAUUGAAGACUGGGAAUGGCGCCUUUCUGUUUUGCAACGUCUCCUUCCGUUAUCUGAACGCCAGUGGAGGUGGAAGGAGGCUCAGACAGUGCUCCGUGCUGCCCCAUCUAAGCUACUUAAUCUUUGCAUGCAACGGGCAAAGUAUGACAUUGGAGAGGAAGCUAUUUCUCGUUUCUCUUUACCUCCAGAAGACAAAGCCACACUGGAAUUGACUGAAUGGGUGGAUGCUGCAUUCAACAAAACAUCUGUGGAGGAUGUGGUAUCACGUGCUGCUGAUGGUGCUUCUGCUCAGGAAUUAGAUCUCUUGUCGUUGCACUCUCAGUUGGGACCUUUGGCAGCCAUCCUUUUAUGCAUUGAUGUAGCUGCAGGUUGUUCGCGGUUGCCGAAUGUGUCUUCGAAGCUUCUGAAUCAAGCCCAGGUUAUGCUUUCUGAGAUCUAUCCUGGUAGUGCUCCAAAGACAGGACCAAGUUAUUGGGAUCAAAUUCGUGAAGUGGCCAUAAUUUCUAUUGUGAAGCGUGUUCUUAGGCGCUUGUCUGAGUUAUCAGAACAGGACAAACCCACAGCUCUCCAGGCUCUUUUAUCAGGUGAAGUGAUCCUGUCAUCAUCAAUUGAGUUUCACAGACAAGGUAACAGAGGUCGAGCUCUUGUUAUGCUUCAUCAAAUGAUUGAUGAUGCUCAUCAGGGCAAGCGACAGUUCCUUACUGGUAAACUACACAAUUUAGCUAGAGCUAUUGCUGAUGAAGAAGCGGAAAGAGACCAUGCUAACGGUGAGAGCUCAAAUUCUGAUGGGAGAGGGAUUCCAGGUUUUGACAAGAAUUGGGUUCUGGGGCUUGGUUUGAGACCCUCAAAGCCUCCGCCUUUGGCUUCAGAGUCUGGAGAAAGUAAUGCAAAUUCUGCAAGUUAUGAUGUAAAAAAUUCAGAAAAAAGAUUCUUUGGUCCCUUUGGUCCCAAGAGCACAACAUUCCUUUCUCAGUUCAUUCUCCACAUUGCCACAAUCGGUGACAUUGUCGAUGGGACGGACACCACUCAUGACUUUAACUACUUUUCAGUAGUUUAUGAGUGGCCCAAAGAUCUCUUAACUCGUUUGGUAUUUGAAAGAGACAGUACCGAUGCAGCUGCUAAGGUAGCAGAAAUAAUGAAUUCAGAUUUUGUUCAUGAAAUCAUUUCUGCCUGUGUACCUCCAGUUUACCCUACAAGAUCUGGGAAUGGUUGGGCUUGCAUUCCAGUAAUUCCCACUCUCCCUAGGAGUUAUACUGAAAGCAAGGUUCUCUCACCCUCUUCCCGAGAAGCUAAACCAAAGUUCUACACACGUUCUUCUGCCACUCCUGGGGUCCCAUUGUAUCCUCUGAAGCUGGAUCUAGUGAAGCAUCUUGUCAAGUUAUCUCCUGUCAGGGCUGUCCUGGCAUGUGUGUUUGGAAGUACUAUGUUGCACUGUGGCAGUGAUCCAGCAAUUUCUAGUUCCUUAAAUGAUGGCUUAUUACCGACUCCUGAUGUUGAUAGGUCCUUCUACGAAUUGGCUCUUGAUCAGUCAGAGAGGUUUCCAACCUUGAAUCGCUGGAUACAAAUGCAAACUAACCUUCAUCGAGUUUCUGAGUUUGCUGUUAUGACAGAACAUGGAACAGAUGAUGUGAAAGAUAAUGCAGAACCCAAAACUGCUGUGAAGCGGUUUCGUGAUAUUGAGACUGAUUCUGAACCUGAAAGUGAUGAUAUGUCUGUUGGUAAUAACAUUUCGCUGUCAUUGCCUGAGGUUAUGGACCAAAGCAAUGCGACAUCUGAUGCCUGGCAUGAAUCUCCAAAGUCUAGAACAGCUGCAGAUGUUAAUACGGUAUACCUUUCUUUUGAUUGGGAGAAUGAAGCACCUUAUGAAAAAGCUGUAGAGAGAUUGAUUGAUGAAGGAAAAUUGCUGGAUGCUCUUGCUCUGUCGGACCGCUUCUUACGCAAUGGGGCCUCAGACCAUUUGCUUCAGAUGCUUAUUGUAAGGGCCGAGGAUGAUACAAUUGCACAACGAACUCAAAGUAGUUCAGCCCUUCGUAUCUGGAGCAAUAGUUGGCAAUAUUGUCUACGCCUGAAGGAUAAGCAGCUGGCAGCUAGACUUGCUCUGAAAUAUCUGGAUAGGUGGGAGCUGGAAGCAGCAUUGGAUGUUCUCACUAUGUGUAUCUGCCAUUUGCCUGAUGGUCAUCGACUUAAAUCUGAGGUUAUUCAGAGAAGACAUGCACUCUGUAGAUACAAACAUAUUUUAUGUGCAGAUGAUCGGUACAAUAGCUGGCAAGAGGUAGAGAUAGAUUGUAAAGAAGAUUCUGAGGGUCUUGCACUUAGAUUGGCUGAGAAAGGAGCAGUAUCUGUUGCUUCAGAAGUGGCUGAAAGUGCAAGACUUUCUAUCGAACUUCGUAGAGAACUUCAAGGGCGUCAACUUGUCAAGCUUCUCAAUGCUGACCCAGUAAAUGGCGGAGGCCCUGCAGAAGCUUCACGAUUUCUAUCUUCUCUCCCUGACCCUGAUGAUGCUUUGCCUGUUGCAAUGAGUGCAAUGCAGCUUUUGCCCAAUCUCAGAUCAAAACAGCUUCUUGUGCACUUCUUCCUUAAAAGGAGACAUGGAAAUCUAUCCGAAGUUGAGGUCUCCCGGUUAAACGCAUGGGCUUUAGGUCUUCGUGUUUUAGCUUCUUUGCCAUUGCCAUGGCAGCAAAGAUGUUCAUCGCUACAUGAAUACCCUCAGUUGAUUGUAGAAGUUCUACUGAUGCGGAAGCAGCUGCAAUCUGCAUCUCAGAUCCUUAAAGAGUUUCCUCUCUUGAGAGACAAUAAUACGAUAACUGCAUAUGCUGCCAAAGCUAUUGCUAUUAGCAUGACUUCCCCUGCUAGGGAUUCCAGAGUUUUAGUUUCUGGUACAAGACCAAAGCAGAGAUCAAAGGCUGCCACAUCGACACGGUCAUCAUUCAGUAGUAGCCUAAGUAAUUUGCAAAAAGAGGCACGCAGAGCAUUUUCCUGGACUCCUCGUAAUGCAGGAGAUAAGGGUGCAUUAAAGGAUAGCCAAAGGAAGAGAAAGAACCCUGGAGUGGCACAAUCAGAAAAAGGUACUUUGGAAGCAAUGUCUGGCAUCCAGGAAGACCGGGUUUCAGUAUUCACUGCAGAUGGGCAAGAAAGGCUUCCUUCUGCUUUAAUUGCAACAGAGUGGAUGCUUACAGGUGACCCCGAAAAGGAUGCAGCUGUUCGUUCUUCUCAUCGAUAUGACAGUGCCCCUGACAUUAUUCUAUUCAAGGCAUUGCUUUCGUUAUGUUCAGAUGGAGGUUCAUCUGGCAGAGGUGCUUUGGACUUGUGCAUGAAUCAGAUGAAAGUUGUUUUGAGCUCCCAGCAGCUACCUGAAAAUGCAUCUAUGGAAGCCAUUGGCCGAGCAUAUCAUGCGACAGAAAUAUUUGUGCAGGCCCUGCUUUUUGCUAAAUCCCAGCUCAGAAAAGUUUCUGGGGCGACUGAUUUGUCUAGUAAUUCUGAAAAAAGCAGGGAUGCUGACGAUGCAUCUUCGGAUGCUGGCAGCUCUAGCGUGGGUAGUCAAUCAACCGAUGAACUUUCGGAGGCACUAUCACAGGUUGAUAUAUGGCUUGGACGUGCUGAACUUUUGCAAAGUCUUUUGGGAUCAGGGAUAGCUGCUUCCAUUGAUGAUAUUGCUGAUAAAGAGUCAUCUGCACAUCUUAGGGACCGAUUGGUCCAGGAGGAACGAUACAGUAUGGCUGUAUAUACAUGCAAGAAGUGUAAGAUUGAGCUCUUUCCUGUUUGGAAUGCAUGGGGCCAUGCCCUGAUUCGGAUGGAGCACUACGCACAAGCUCGUGUAAAAUUCAAGCAGGCUCUUCAGUUGUACAAGGGUGAUUCUACUACAGUGAUACUAGAUAUCAUUAACACUAUUGAAGGAGGCCCUCCGGUCGAUGUGGCAUCCGUCCGAUCCAUGUAUGAACAUUUGGCAAAAAGUGCACCAGCGGUCUUAGAUGACCCUCUUUCGGCUGAUUCCUAUCUCAAUGUCUUGUACAUGCCUUCUACUUUUCCACGUUCAGAGAGAUCCAGGAGGUUCCAGGAAGCCGCAAAGGAUAAUUCGUCGCAUAAUCCACUUUUUGAAGAGGGACCAAGAAGCAACCUUGACAGUGUUAGAUACCUUGAAUGUAUAAACUAUUUCCAAGAAUAUGCUCGGCAGCAUGUGCUAAGCUUUAUGUUUAGGCACGGACGAUAUAAGGAGGGCUGCCUCUUACUUUUUCCAGCCAACUCUGUGCCGAAUCCAUCGCAGACAUCAUCUAUGGGAGUGGUUACUUCAACUUCUUCCCCUCAAAGACCUGAUCCUUUAGCAACUGAUUAUGGGACAAUCGACGAUUUAUGUGAUCUUUGUGUUGGUUAUGGUGCCAUGCCUGUCCUGGAGGAAGUGAUAUCAUCAAGGAUUUUGACAACACAGGAUGAGUUGGUGAAUCAGCAUACCGCUGCAGCAGUUUCCCGAAUUUGUCUUUAUUGUGAAACUCAUAAGCAUUUCAAUUAUUUGUACAUGUUCCAGGUGAUCAAGAAGGACCAUGUAGCCGCUGGCCUAUGCUGUAUUCAGUUGUUUAUGAACUCUGCUUCUCAAGAGGAAGCUGUAAAGCACUUGGAAAAUUCACAGAUGCAUUUUGACGAAGGGCUAUCAGCAAGAUCUAGAUUAGGAGAUUCCACAAAACUUGUCACCAAAGGCAUCCGGGGUAAAACUGCUAAAGAGAAGCUAAGUGAAGAAGGACUAGUCAAAUUUUCUGCUCGUGUUGCCAUUCAGAUUAAUGUGGUGAGAAGCUUCACUGAUGCUGAGGGACCUCUAUGGAAACACUCUCUUUUCGGGAAUCCAAAUGACCUGGAAACAUUCAGGAGAAGAUGUGAAAUUGCCGAAACUCUUGUUGAGAAAAAUUUCGACUUGGCAUUCCAAGUAAUAUAUGAAUUCAGUCUUCCAGCUGUUGACAUAUAUGCUGGAGUUGCCGCAUCACUUGCUGAAAGGAAGAAAGGGGGUCAAUUAACUGAGUUUUUCAGAAACAUUAAGGGUACCAUAGACGAUGAAGAUUGGGAUCAGGUCUUGGGAGCAGCUAUUAAUGUGUAUGCCAACAGACAUAAGGAACGCCCUGAUCGCCUCAUUGACAUGCUGACUAGUAGCCACAGGAAAGUACUUGCUUGUGUUGUCUGUGGCCGACUAAAAAGUGCUUUCCAGAUAGCAUCUAGAAGUGGAAGUGUUGCUGAUGUUCAAUAUGUCGCACAUCAGGCAUUACAUGCCAAUGCGCUUCCAGUUCUUGACAUGUGCAAACAGUGGUUGGCUCAAUACAUGUAGCUCGACAAGCUCACAGUCGAUUUUGAGAUGUCUGCAAUUCACUACACUGCUGCAUUGUCAAGUGUUGGAACCAAUAGUAUAUCCAAGUUACGUGGUGAACAUCACUCUGAUAUGAAAUUCUGUUUUUCGGUUCCAAACUGGGGAGCAGUUGGUUUGAAGACCCACCCAGGCUAGAAAUGAGUUACCCCUUAGUGAAUUGUGAUUCUGCUACAGCCAUUGUUAGAAGACGAUUCUUUGGAGAGAAUUGGAAAUGCAGGCAUAUAGCUCCACAGACAAACAGAAACUGGAACUAACUAACAUCAGAAACAGGUUGCCAGUCCUUUUUUUGUGUUUCCCUUCCAGAAGCUAUGAUGAUUGGUGAAUAUAUGGUUCAGAAAAAUCUUGGUUCAAAACCAAGUCGCAAUAGCUGCUGGUUGUUUUGUUUGUAUAAAAGUUGUCGAUACAAAUACAUGUACCAUGUAGAGGGGGCCCACUGAACAUGGGAGGGACAAGGCUUUUUCUUUGUUCCUUCAUGGGAGAGAAGGGAGGAGAUGUCCAGUUUUUAGAGUCGCCGAGCUCCUUUCAAGUAAGUUAUAUAUAUGAAGCGAAGCUAUUUAUCUUUGUUUAACAGCUUAUGUUGUAUGAGUAUUGGUUACUGCAUGAUCCUUACACCCACAUUCUUUUGUAUCUUUCCUUUUUUUCCCAAAUUUUUGCUAAAAACUCUCCUUAUUUUCUGUGAGUAUAAUGUUGAAUAUGGUUACGGCUUUGGUUUGCUGUUUGGAGAAGCUUCAUACAUGUGCUCUUGAAA